UCCAUGAGUACAGGUAUUUCGUUCUCAUCCUUCGUCCUCGACAGAUCGACCGUGUGUGGUUGUUGCGAUUUUGCGUUUUUUCGCACAAUUAAGCUUGUUAUCGUUCAAAUUCCCAUUUCGUUCCGCGUCCCGGAUCCCGGAUUGCCGCGCAAAGUCGUUACAAAUCAAAUCUAGAACGCCGUUAUCUGUAGUGUCGAUUCGUGAUAAGUGACUUCCCUAUCCCACGCGAUAUUGUUCACUUUUAUCGGUUUAUCCGAAAGCAGCAAACGAAGAAUUCAGCUGCAACUUAUCAUAAGUUCAAAAAAGUGAUUGCAAAGUGCACGCAUAACGCCUGAUAAGGGAAUUGCAAACGCAAAUCAAUCAAAAGUGCCGGAAAACCUGAUCCAAGCGAUCGUUACUAUCAGUGUUCAGUGUCAACGUUCCAAUUGUAGUGUUGAUUGAGGGAAAACGCGUAGCUCGUUUUCCUUGUCGCAGCCCGUGUCCAUCAACGGCCUCAACAUUUUCCUCGCCAACUACCAGAACAGCAGCAGAAUGCCCGGACGUCCAUUGUGGCAGGUCGCCGGCAAACGUGACAAGGACCAGGAACGCGAAGCACAGCACUGGAUCGAAGCACUGCUCGGAGAAAAGUUUCCUGCCGAUCAGCUGUACGAGGACUGCCUUCGUGAUGGCAUUCUCCUCUGCCGACUAAUGAACCGUCUUUCGCCGGGAAUCGUUCCGAAGAUAAACACCUACGGUGGUGACUACAAAAUGAUGGAUAAUGUCAGCCAAUUCCAAAAGGCAUGCAUCAAAUAUGGCGUCGCCGACGUGGACCUGUUUCAGACGACCGAUUUGUGGGACAAGAAGAACAUCGCCCUGGUCACUACCACUAUCUUCGCCGUAGGAAGAGCGUGCUACCGUCAUCCAGAAUUCCGCGGUCCAUACCUUGGUCCCCGCCCAUCCGAGGAGAACCGGCGCGAGUUUACCGAGGAGCAACUGCGUGCCGGCGAGGGCCUGAUUGGACUACAAGCCGGCUCCAACAAGGGAGCAACCCAGGCUGGACUCAACUUUGGCGCCACUAGGAAAAUUCUCCUUGGAAAGUAGAAUGAGGAAUAUUUUUGGUAUUGGUUUAAGCAAAGAGUAAUAACUGCUUGUCCGCUUUUUGCACCGCCAAAAGGUUAAGUUACUUAAAUUAUUUAUUUAUUUAUCUUCAGAAUGCUGUUCUAUAUUUCUUUCUCGUUAUGAUUUCGAUCAUAUUUAUUGCAUGCAUUCACCAAUCUAAGUAAUUUUGAGACUAACAUUAACGGAAAGUAUUUUAUUAUGAUUUAAUAAAUUAUGUGCAAUGAUCCAGACGAUAAGAAUAAUGGAGAAUUAGAAUAUCCGAUAUAGAUGCUUUUCGAUGGAAUUAAUAAAUAGUAU